AUGCGGAACAUCUUUGCUGGGGCUAUUGUGGCAGCACUGGCUGUGACCAGCGUUGCCCAUGGCGUACAUGUCAAUCGUGCACUACAGGCUCGACAUGAGACUUGUCCAGAAACCAAGACGGUAACAGAAACACAUACUGUCACGGAUUGUAAGACCGUAACUGUUACUGAGAUUGGAUCUUGCACAACCACAAGAGAUGCAUCUACAACCACCAAGUCCACAGCUACACAAUCUACAACCACGAAGACCACGCCUACACCAACCAAGUGUCCUGCUCCCCCAGCAUGCAACAACCUGGGCUUUGACUGGGCCUACUACAACAACUCUGCCCGUAAUGACGACAAGACCUACUCUAAAUUUCGACCAGAGACUUAUAAACGCGUGACCCCCCUUUAUGUCGGGACAACGCGGUAUGUCGGAGGUCUUUACGGCCAACAGGGGGGCAAGGACCCGACGGGACGCAUCUACGGCUCCACGAAGAACCUCAAGCUAGACUUCUUCGCUCUGAACCAUCAUGCGUAUUUCUAUGCUUGCGAAGCCGGCACCUACACUAUCGACAUUCGCUAUGCUAAUGAUGCAGUGUUCGUGUGGACAGGCGCAAAGGCUUACAAAGGUUGGACUGAUGAGAACGCUGAUGCCAAAGCGAGGUACAACCAGCCGGAUCAUAUCGCCGGUCGGGCGAAUUUCAAAGUUCAGACUCCGGCUGACACGUACGUGCCCAUUCGAUUUGUCUAUGGACAAGCACAGUAUGGGGGCGGGUUUUAUUUCAUUGUUACUACUCCUUCCGGUCAGGUUAUUGUUAGUGAUACAGACAAAGACAGUCCUUAUGUUGUCAGGCACUCGUGCGACGGGGUCAAGGCGCCAAAAUAUUUGCCUUUUGGGAAUGAAAGAUAG